CAAUCCCAUGGAUAAAAAUGUCAUCUCUGUAAAAAUUGUGGAGGAAAAAAGAGAUGAAUCAACAGGGGUCAUCUAUAGAAAGAGAAUUGCAAUCUGUCAGAACGUGGUUCCAGAAAUUUUAAGGAAGAUGAGCAUUUUAAAAGUACCUAAUAUCCAGUUAGAAGAGGAAUCAUGGCUCAAUCCUCAGGAAAGAAACAUGGCAAUACGGAGUCAUUGCCUUACAUGGACACAGUAUGCAUCCAUGAAGGAAGAGUCUGUCUUCCAGGAAAGUGUGGAAAAUCCAAACUGGACAGAGUUCAUUCAAAGGGGCAGGAUUUCGAUCACAGGAGCUGGAUUUCUCAACUGCAUUCUAGAAACGUUUGCCAGCACGUUCUUAAGACGGGGUGCCCAGAAGGGAAUUAGAAUCAUGGAGAUGCUGCUAAAGGAACAGUGUGGUGCCCCCUUAGCUGAAUGAAGAAUCAUCAGCUGCAGCUGGGAGCUGGAUGGACCUACUCAGGUUUUGGAAUUUUCUCCUGUUAACUGCUAUUCUCAGAGAGCUUUGAUCCAUAAGUGGAGGGAAAUUGAGUGAAAAUGAUCCACAUGCCAAUCUGGGCUGGUAUCUCUUAGCUUAGCCCAGUUUUUGUCUCACAUCUUGUGUGUAAUGACAGCGACUAAAUCUCCAAGCUUGAUUAGUAAUGGUUUUAGCCCAGUGAGCACGAGUCUAGAUACAGCCUUGACAUGAUGUUUCAUCAGGGAAAACCGUAGCCACAAAACCUGUUUCUGAGCCAACCAAGGAGGACCCUCAGGUACCGUGACUCUGAUUCUGGGACAGUUGUUGAAUAAAUAUGUCAUGAUUUUA